AUGGAGGGGCAGAAGACUACCUCCCUUCAGAAACGACUCACUGCCGAUGGUCUGCUGGUACUGGCCUCUGUCCUUCCUGCUCCAUCCUGUGUGUCCCAGCCUGCCCCACCCCUGCUCCUCACUCUCAUGCUCAGCCUCCAUCUCUGUGUAGAACAGUGUAGUUCCCCCUUUUCUACACCGUUUAUCAGAGGGAAUCUUUACACAGCCCGACGACCUAUUAACACCUUUCACCAAAUGAAGACAGUUCUUUUUUUUAUUAUUAUUAUUGUUAUUAUUGUUAAUAGCAGUUGUAUUUGUAAUAGACAAAAACAACAGGAAAUGACCCAGAUAUUAUCCAAUGGAUGA